AACCGGCCCCAGCCGCGCCGACCCGACCCGAGCCUCGGCGGACCGGCCCCACCGACCGGCCCCACCGACCGGCCCCAGCCGUGCCGUGCCGAGCCCCACCGACCGGCCCCAGCCGAGCCGAGCCUCGGCGUACCGGCAGCCCGCCGCGCUCAGGGAACGGCUCGGGCCGUCGCCCUCGGCGUGUCCUUAGGGGGGCACGGCAGGCGGCCCCGCUGCAGCGAGCCUCGCUGUGCUCUCAGCUCGCCCGUACAGUCCGAGGGACACCAUGCCGCUGCCGCGUAACGCCAAGAUGCUGAGCACCAAGCAGCCCCGGGCGGGUAAGGUGGGCCCUGCUGCGGAGAAUGCCGACGCUGAGAAGGAGGAGAGCUCUCAGGCCAAGAGGUCUCCAUCCUCCCCUCAGGGGGGGCCCAAGAAGAGGUCGGCAUUUGGGGACAUCACCAAUGCUCACAAGAACCAGGUGGUGGUGGGGAAGAAGGAAGCUGUGAAAGUGGCACCACACAGGGCACAGAGGGCCCAUGGGGUGGCCAAGAACAACGAGAUCAACCUGAAAAAGUCAAUGAAGAAAACUACCCUGAAAGAAGCUCCUGCAGAGCCCAAGGAGGCUCCUGUGCCAGAGCAGCCAGUGCCUGCACAGGUACCAGCAGUGGAGGACAUAGACAAGGAGCAGCUGGGUGACCCCUAUGCCAAUGCAGAGUAUGCCAAGGAGAUCUUCGAGUACAUGAGGGAUAGAGAGGAGAAAUUCCAGCUGCCUGAGUACAUGGAGAAGCAGCCAGACAUCAGCAGGGACAUGCGUGCCAUCCUGGUGGACUGGAUGGUGGAGGUGCAGGAGAACUUUGAGCUGAACCAUGAGACAUUGUACCUGGCUGUGAAGCUGGUGGAUCACUACCUGGCUGAGGUGGUGAGCAUGAGGGACAAGCUGCAACUCAUUGGCUCCACUGCCAUCCUCAUUGCCUCCAAAUUUGAGGAGCGAUGCCCACCGUGCGUGGAGGACUUCCUCUACAUCUGUGAUGAUGCCUACAAACGGGAAGAGCUCAUUGCCAUGGAGAUCAGCAUCCUCAGCACCCUCAAGUUCGACAUCAACAUCCCCAUCCCGUAUCGGUUCCUGCGGCGCUUUGCCAAGUGUGCCCGUGCCAGCAUGGAGACGCUGACGCUGGCGCGGUUCCUCUGCGAGAUGACCCUGCAGGAGUACGACUAUGCCAGGGAGAGCCCUUCCAAGCUGGCUGCCAGCUGCCUGCUGCUGGCACUCACCAUGAAGAACCUCGGGGGCUGGACCCCCACCCUGGAGUACUACAGUGGGUACAGCUCCCAGGACCUGCAUCCCCUGGUGAAGAGGCUGAAUUUCUUGCUCACAUACCAGCCCCACGACAAGCUCAAGGCCGUGCGCACCAAGUACUCCCACAGGGUCUUCUUUGAGGUUGCCAAAGUCACUCCCAUGGACAUGCUCAAGCUGGAGGAGCUACUGAAGCGUUGUUAACCCUGUUCCCUGUACAUAGCCUGUAAAUAGCUCGGUGCUCUCUGCCAAGGGGAGCACCAUGUACAUAAAUCAUAGCAAUUUUAACUGAA